AUGUCCGCCCUGAGCAUAAACAUAUUUAUUGUCGGCAUCACAAAUCAAACUAUCAAAAAUAAUGAUGAUAAUAUAAGCCUUGAAUUCUAUAUUAAAAAAAAAGUUAGAAAUAAAGAGCCCUCAAACUUUUGGAUAGAAGCUAAAUAUAGUGUCAACAAUAAAUAUCUUUCUAACAAAACAGCUCAAUCUAAUGAUUUAAAUUCUAAUGAGCUGAAUUUUAAUGAAUUGAAUUCUAAUGAACAAAGUAGUACUAGCUCUACUAAUUCUAGUGCAGUUAAUAAUGAUCCUCAAAUACUCACAUAUUGGAGACCCUUGACACAAUUUCAAACUUUAUAUAAUAGAUUCUAG